AGAAAAGCCAGCAGUAUUGCCGGAUGGAACAUACUCCACAGGUAACGGUUAGCCCUCUUUUGAUUUUCUUCCAUUGAUAGCUAGCAAUCAAUUAACAUCUAUAUAUUUACUUAAAUUAUAACAUUUAUAAUUUUUAAAAUGUUUACAUUGUGAUCUGGUCUAAAGUGUUUCGCUUUCUCUAAUAAACAAUGCUAAUUAUUAGCUAAUGCUAGUUUUUUUUUUUUUUGGGUUCGUGUCGGUCUCGUCAAUAUUAAUUGUUCUAUCAAUUUAUAGGUACGAAUCAAUAAUUAUACAAGAAAUCGGUAGACGUCUCUCUCGUGAGUUGAAUUCUAGAUUCUCACGUCAUGAUUACGAUAAACUUGUUGCAAUAGACUCCCAUGUAGACAAAAUGAUGGAGUUAUUGGAUAUGGAAUCGAAUGAUGUUCGCUUUGUAGGAAUUCAUGGGAUGGGUGGCGUUGGUAAGACAAUGCUGGCCGAAAUAAUUUAUGAUAGAGUUUCUAAUUCUAAUUGUCGAUUUGAAGGAAGCAGCUUUAUUUCUUGUAUUAGAGAAAAUUCUACUAGUGCUCGUGAUCUAUCUUCUUUACAAAAAGAACUCCUUUCUACAAUCAUGCAAGAGGAAAUACAUGUAUAAAAUCAUCACCAGGGAAUUGGGAUGAUAAUGAAGAGGCUGCAGAAUAAAAGGAUUUUUAUUGUCCUUGAUAAUGUGGAUAGUGACGAACAAACGACGACAUUAGCAGGGGAUUGGAAAUGGUUUAGUCCUGGGAGUAAGGUGAUUAUAACAUCCAGAGAUAGUCAUCUGUUGAUAAGAAAUAAAGUGAAUGAUAUCUAUAAGGUUGAGCAGCUUGAAACAGCAAAAGCUUUGCAACUCUUUAGUUUGUCAGCCUUCGACAAAACCCAUCCUCCAAAGAAUUACAUGGAUCUAUCUAUGGAUUUUGUGAGGUAUGCUCAAGGCCUUCCUUUAGCUCUUAAAGUUUUGAGACGUCAUGUCUUAUUUGGGAGAACAAAUAUAGAUACAUGGAAAAGUGUUAGGAAUCAACUAGAAGCAAUUCCUAAUAAAAAAAUUAUGGAUGUACUUCAAAUAAGUUUGGAUGGGCUGCAGGAAAUGCAAAAAGAGUUAUUUUUAGAUAUGGCGUGUUUUUUCCGAGGACAACAUUGGGUGGAUUACAAAUUUUUUGAGGUGUUAGAAAGUUUUGGUCAUUAUCACAUCGACAUUGACGUUCUCGUUGAGAAUUCCCUCAUAAGCAAAUCAAAAUAUGGAUUGUUGUCGAUGCAUGAUUUGCUAAAAGAACUAGGCCGGGAAAUAGUUCGCUGCGAAUGCCCUGAUGAAUAUGGAAAACGUAGUAGACUGUUUUGUUGGGAGGAUCUCUGUCAUGUACUGAAGAAUGAUACUGGAACUGAUGCAACUAAAGGCAUAGUCGUGAAUUUUUGUCCUGAAACGAAAGAGAGACUCAACGCCAAAGCAUUUUCAAAGAUGACAAAAUUGAGAUAUGUUAAAUUCCAUCAUUCUCAAACUUUAAAAUGGCGUGGAAACCCUUUAAAAUACAUGCCAACCAAUGAGUUGCGAUACCUAGAGUGGUCUGGAUAUCCUUUGAAAUCUUGGCCGAGCAGUUUCCAACCAAAAAAUCUUACUGUACUAAGAAUGUCUGGCAGCCGCAUCAAACAACUAUGGAAGGGGUCGAUGGUUUUAGACAAUUUGAAAGAAUUUGAUGUGAGUUUUUCUAAGAAUUUGAUUGAAACACCAGAUUUGACAAGAGCUCCAAAUCUUGAGAAAAUAAACCUGGAAGGUUGUAAAAGCUUGUGUGAGGUCCACCCAUCCAUCGGAAGUCGCAAACGAUUAAAAAAUUUGCAACUUCAAAAAUGUUCAAGCCUUGAGAAGUUGCCAGAGCUGAGUAAGUUGGAAUGGCCGAUAUAUUUUGAGGCAAGGGAAACUGCUAUAACACAAAUACCAUCUUUCAAUCUACUCCCCAAGGGCUUCUAUGAGGUUCGUCUUGAAGGACGCAAGUUGAUGAGAGAUCCCACCUAUGAUAUCGGAUCACUUGUAGAAUAUCAGAUAGAAGGAAAAUUUUCGGCAGAUGUAGUGUGCAUUGAUUUUGACAGCAAAAGAGAAAAAAUUUUAGACAUGGCAAGUGGAAUUGUUGGGAAAUUAUAUGGCAAUGUGACGAUGAUAAGUGGGUGGUCGUUGGGAUUCAAUAUCCCGGAGUGGGUCCGGUAUAAAAGUAAUGGCUCCUCUGUAACGAUAGAUUUGGAUGGUAUUACGAAUCCGGAGAUGGGGUGUGCUUUCUUUAUUGUUUGUGAUUCUGAUAAAUUCUUUUCCCUUGAUGAAGAAGCUUCAAUUUAUUUAUUCAAGGAAUGGGAUUAUCAUUUUGCAUCGGUGAGUCCUAAAUUAUCCUUUGAGAGGGAUGAAGAAGAAUGUCGGGAGGAAUGUUCUUUUGAAUACUUUUUAAUUCCUCGUCUCUUGGACGACUGUUUAAUUAAGACAAUUGGAUUCUGGGUGUAUAUACCGGCGAUUUUGCAGUUUUUGCGAGUUUUGGAUAUAUGGAGGAGGCUCAUAAAGAUUUCAUUUGAAACAGGCCGUUAUGAGAAUGGUUCUGUGAAAUUCAAUGAAGCGAAAGAAUGCGGGGUGCAUUUAGUAUGUCCAGAUGAUGGUGCUAAUUCAGAGUUCUUUAAUAGCAUUGCUCCUUUUCGCCAUUCGGGAUCUUCAGAUUCAUAUUCAAAUUCAGAUUUCCAUCAUCGAUAUAGCUAUGCAAUAUAUGAAAAUAUAGAGGAAGCACCAUGGCCGGAUGUCAUGAUUAGGCGAGUGAACCAACAUGCACCAACUUAAUCGACCGGAACCGACGUGUGCAUAUUAUUUGAGGAUAGCUUUAAAAUCCUCAAAUAAUGUUCUUUGCUAUUAAUUUACCAAAAAGGCUUUUUGUCUGUUUUCAUCGUACGUUGUGGAGCAACUUCUGGAUAGCUUUUUAUUCUGAACAGUACUUGUUCAUGAAAUUCUUCAGAUGGAAAACAAUAGCUGUUCUUUUUUUUCCUGUUCUUUCUGCUGGUGUUUAUAACUUUAUUGUGCAUUAGAAAGUAAAACAUUUAUUAAUUUCUGCUGGUGUUCAUUAAUGAUGCAAAACAUUUAUUUUGCUUACCAUAUUAAUUAAUUUGUAUUUAAUUUCCUGAACUAGUGGUUUUCUUUUCUUUU